AGAGGAGACGACAGGGCAAAUUCCAGCCGUUUCGCCGCCUGUUUGGGAAGAAGAAGAAGAGGGAGAGCCCUUCCUCUGAGAGGGGCUUCGCCGAACCCGCCGACCUCAAGCCCAGUCACUCUGUGGGGGAUGUGUGCAAUGGGGGGCUCUCCGAUGACGAAGAGACAAACCAGCAUCUGAGGGAAGCGAAUCCCUUGGGGUCCCGAGCUUUGUCGCAUGACAGUAUUUUCAUCCCAGAGGAGCCGGCUGAGAGUCCCAGUGCAGAGCAGAGCAUGUCUCAGGAGAACGUCUCCGACAAGGUCCGCAGCCUGCAGAGGCAGAUAGCUCAAGGUAUCAAGUUUGGCCAAAAGCCGCCGUCGCUGAGGAAGAGUGAGGGUGAUGAAGGCAGUUCAGAUGAGGAGGAGUCUCCCAGGAGUCCUCUGAGGGUCAUGGCACAGGUGGAAACGGAGCCUGGAGCAGCUGAUGCUGAACCCAAGGCUGCGGCUCAUGCAACGCCUGUGAAGUCUCCUCGUUCCAAGCGUGUUUUGCCACUCGAGGGUACGAUUGAGUCCAUCAAUCUGGAUUGCGUCCCCCAGUCCGGACCUCGCCUGGACAACGCAGCGGCGAAACACAAACUUGCAGUCAAGCCGAAAAACCAGAGGAGCAGGAAGCAUCACAGGCUCACUCAGGAAUUUAAAGAGGUGGACCUACCGGACGUCUUGCAGGAGGAGGCAGAGGGAGAGAGAACUGCAGAGGAACGAGCUGGACGUCCCGAGCAUUCAAAGAAGCAGAAGCUCCAGGGAGACGAGCGAGAGCAGCGGGAACUGAGGCGAAAGAGGGAGCAGGAGGAGGAGAGACUCCGAGAGGAGGAGAGGAGGAAGGCGGAAGAAGAGCUGAGGUUGGCCGAGGAGAGACGUGCACGAUUAGAGGAGGAACGGAGGCAGAGAGAGGAAGAGGAGAGAUGUAAGAGAGAAGAGGAGGAAAGGAGGAGAAGAGAGGAGGAGGAGGAGAGGGUGAGAAGGGAGCUGGAGGAGAAGAGAAGAAAGGAGGCGGAAGAGCGCAGGCUCCGAGAGGAGCAAGAGAGAAAGAGGAGGGAAGAGGAAGAAAGAAAAAGGAGGGAGGAGGAAGAAAGGAGGCGCCUUGAGGCAGAGCGACAGCAGCGUCUGGAGGAGGAGAGGAGGAUAAGAGAAGCAGAGGAGGCGGCGAGAAAGGAAAAGGAGGUGGCCGAAAAGCGAAGGCUCUUGGAAUUAGAAGAGAGACGACGGAAAGAAGAGGAGGAGGAACGGCUGCGCGAAGAAGAGAGAAGGCGGCAAGAGGAAAAACAAGCAGCAGAACGAAAACGGUUUGCCGAAGAGGAGGAACGAAGAAAAGAACAGGAAGAGAAGAGGAAACGGGAACAGGAGGAACGAAAGCGGUCCUCAGAGGCAGGAGAGAUCGAGUGGAAGAGAAAAGCGGAGGAGAUGCGGUGGAAGGAGAUGGGAGAGCGACAGCCCUUCACCUUCAAAGUGUCCUCUGGGGAGAAGCAGAUCCUGUUCCAGAAGGUCAACUUGACGCCAGUCACUCCAGGUGGAGGUCAGCAGCAGCAGUCAUCUCCAUCUUCAGAUGCAGCCGAGGCAACCAAGGCCUCAACGUCCACCGCUGCCGACUCCCCGGCUCUUCCCUCCAUGUCAGUGCCCCACACGGCCAUUCUGGUUACCGGCGCCCAGUUGUGCGGGCCUGCCGUCGACUCGGAUCAGAUCAAGGACACGGCCUGCAAGUCGCUGCUGGGCUUGGCCGAGGACAAGAAGGCCUUGGGUCAUCCGGGACCACGUGGCAGGACGUCUCCGGACCGCAAGUCCGGGAAAACGAAAUCCUUGAAUUUGUCUUCCACGCCCACGGAUCAGACCUCAGUGCUGGCGGAAUGGGCGAGCAUCCGAUCCAAGAUCUUCAAAGGCGUGGAGGAGGGCAAGUACGAGGACUAUGCCGAACCCGUGCCGAGCCGAUCCACCACCACCACCGGCGGCGGCGAGGACCCGAACCAGUCGGCGUUCCAACACCCCAAUCUCCGAAAGACCAACUCGGCCAGCGCCAAGUUCUCCAUCACCCCGGCACGCAAGAAGUUUGGCGACUCCAACAGGAACUCUGAGAUACUGUGUCUAGACGAGCGAGAUGACGCUCACCACAGGUGGCCAGAGUCUGCCUCUCCUGAACCCUACCACCACCAUCAACCUGUGCCCCCAUCCACCUCCUCCUCUUCUUCUUCUUCAAAGGCCCAAACCAAGGGCACCAAAAGUGUUCGCAUCUCAGACAGCUUUGAGGAAUGCAUGUUUGCCAAAGACCUGCCUUCCUUCCUUGUCCCCGGUUCCAACAACCAGACAUCCUCUAAACCUCCGACGCCUGACUUUGAGCUGCUGAGCCAGACCGACUCCGAGUGCUCGAUCCCCGAUGGCGAGGGCGGCGAUUCAAGCCUGGGAGGGGAGGAGCGGCCUUCGCCCUUCGGGAUCAAACUGAGGAGGACCAACUACUCGCUGCGCUUCCACAGCGAACGCUCCUCAGAGAACAGGAAGAAGAGGUACAGCGCCGGGGACAGUUUCGAGGGAAUUCCUGGACCCUUCACCCCCAUGAGCUCGGAAGCAUCCUCGCCAGUCGUGUCCGAGAGGUCCAGCCCCACGUCCCCUCUCCGAGAGAAUGUCACCCUGAGACACACGCCGUCGCAUAGUCAGGAGUCGCUGGUGAGACUCGGCAGAUCUCCGGUACCGUCGGUGCACAGUGACAGCGAGCGCGUGUACAUGCCCAGGCCUCCCGUCUACCAGAAACCUCCCACGUCCCCAAAGCCCACGGAUAUCACGACCCCUCAAACCUCGUCCCCGCUUGUCAAACUGGGUAGAGUGUCCCCUGCUGUGGACGUAAGGGAACAGCGGGCAGGGUCGGUGCACUCCUUCUCCAGCGACGAUAGGGAUUCUGGACGGGAGGACGAGGCAUCUACUUCUGCCCUCUCGCCAGGCGAGGAGGAGACGAAAGAGAAGAAGUCUUUCUUUCCGUCCAUCAGUAUUCCAUGGAGAGAAAAAGACAGGAAGGCGGAGCUUAUCAGAAAAGACAAACCAUCCUUGCAGAGCAGGCACUCUCUGGACAGCUCGAAGGUGCAGGAGAAGGGCGGUGAGGCCGGCCCGCUGUGGAUCACCCUGGCCCUGCAGAAGCAGAAAGGCUUCAGGGAGCAACAGCAGACCAGAGAGGAGCGCAAGACCCUACGGGAGGCUAAGCUGGCCGAGAAACAGGCCAAGGAGAGAGACAGCGGUACGCUCAGCCCAACUGAAGGCAAGGGCAACGGCAACACGAGUCCCCCCAAGCCCAAGACACCGGAGGAGGGAAAGAGGCCAGACAGUCUCCUUGGUCGCUUCGACCGCCGCGAGAACCUGAAAAAAGCCAACACCUUGCCCAGCUCUGUCACUGUUGAGAUCACAGACUCCACUCCGUCACCGCCUGCUGUGAAGGAGGUGUCAAAGCGCUUCCCUCCGGGCGACUCCCAGCAGGUGUCCACCGAGCCCGCCUGGCUGGCCCUGGCCAAGCGAAAGGCCAAGGCCUGGAGCGACUGCCCCCAGAUCAUCAAGUGAACUCCAGCCAUCCAUACAUACAUCCAUCCAUCCAUCCAUGCUCCACAAACUCUGACCUCCAAACACAAAAUAAGCAAAUAAGACGAACACACACCAACAUACACACAGACACGUGCACGCACACACACACACGUACAUCUCUACUCUACACCAAUACACACACACACACACACACACACACACACACACACACACACACACACACACACACACACACACACACACACACACACACACACACACACACACUAGCGCUUCAAGUAGGUCCCAUCAUCAUGCAGUCCAGGGAUGAUGGCCACCUCUCCCUCUUUUGCCACCCUCAAGCUCGCCAAAUAAUGACAACAAAUAAUGACAGGUCCGUUGUCCUCCCGACAACUUCCUGAAGACGUACUGUACAUUCAAGCCGCUGGAUGCUCACAGAAUAUCAUCACCACCGUUCUUAUUAUUAUUAUACCACUGUUGUCGUCGUCUUUGUGACACCAUUACUCCGUACAGUUAACCGGCGAACCAAGAACACCAGUGUGUCAUUGGAAAGUGCCAUGGAAAAAAUGUAUUUUGGAUUUCAUGGGAAUUUAUUUGCCUUAUUGAGUGAGUACCCAUUCAUGAUCCUGACAUAAAUUUAGACAUUUAAAAAAAAGAAGGAAAAAAAAACAUGUGCGUUUCUUGUUUUUGGUAUGUGGAGUUGAGUUUUGGUAGAUUUUAGAGAGUGAAGGAAUCCGUUGAGAGUAGAAGACAGGGUAAAAACUAGGGUUACUUAAGAUGACGAGGGGAUUCCUUUUUCAAUGCACUACCCUCAUUGCACAUUCUAAUGCAGAAGAUAACUUGUGUAGAUAAUAUACCAUGCACAUUUCUACAUGCAGGGGUUUCGCAUAGCUAUUAAUAGUCUGAAAUCAUGGGGUAUUUCUCAAAUAUAAGUGUCCUAGCCUGGCUAAGACCAGUAAUACCCAUUUCCCCAGGAUUUCACCAAGGACUAUCCAAUUAGUAAUUACACUUAGAACUAGUUGUUGGAUAUUCUUUGGUGAAAUCUGCAAAAAUGGGCGUUACUCGUCCUAGCA